AUGGACAACCGAUUACUGAAACAAGGGUUCAUCUCUGGCGCCCUAUCGCUUCUCCUUUCAACCUCAUACACAGUGGCGUUCUCAUGCACAACUUCCUUCUCACAGACGCAGCAAACCUAUCGUGUUUCACAAACUGAACCGCUUCAUUUGGUUCCACUAUCAAAAUUCAGUGACGACAUAACAUUUCUUUCCAAAGCAGACGAAGACAGAUGUUGUUUCGAUUCCAAUGGAUGCUUUAAAGAUGGAGAUGAUGUCUACCAGUUGGCUUUGGUGGAGAAAGAGGACUUGCCCGACAUGUGCCGAUUUGUGGUGGCUGCCUUUGGAGCGGCAGCAAUAAGCCUGAGCAAGGACCUGAAUUCUUUUGAGCAACUCCUGCUCUCCCCGGCAACAGAACUGCUGAACAGCUACUCAUCUGUCGUGGCGUUUGCAGAGGUCUUCUCGGGAACACAACAAAGACUCGAGACACGACUUUCUAAGAUGGAUGUAUCACCUCCCGAUCUCAAGAAGGGCUUGUCACGACAAGAAUUGAUUGACAUUGCAGAAAAAGAUUCAAUAAUCUUGGCAGUGGGGAAGAAGAACGAAGAUUCUAUAGACUUCAUUGCAUCGAUCGAGCUUCGACUCCAGCCAAGUGACGCCAAGAUCCCUUUCAGUUUACCAUGGUUGGAUAGAAUAGAGCGUAGAAUCGCGGCAACUGUUGGUAUUGGAACUGGUAUUCGUGAUUUGCAGCCUUACCUAAGCAAUCUCUGCGUCGCAGAAGACUUUAGGGGGAAGAAGAUUGGAAGAGGACUCGUCCGAUGUGUCGAAGAUAUUGCCCUGUCGUCCUGGGGCAUGCCCAGGAUGUACCUACAUGUGGAUGAAGACAAUGUUGCUGCUCUCUCGCUGUACAAAUCAGAAGGCUAUCGUGACGUAGGACAUAGAUGGAACCCCUUUUGGGCUGGAAGUUCUGCUAAUAUUGGGUAUUACGUGAAGACACUAAAGGGGAAUACUUCAAGCCGAAAGCAAUAA